GAAAUUACCAAAUCAACAUUUAUAUUUACAUAAGAAGGAAAUAAAAUAUAUACAUGGAGUCCCAAAACGAAUCAACCGCUAUACUAAUUCAGCCGACGACGUCUCCCCACACCCCUUUGUUGGGCGGCACUCGACGGCACCGCCAUUCCAAAGCCGUCGCUACCGCCACCCUAGCGGCGAUUUUUUCCGUGGCAUUACUCUUUGCUGUGGUGUUCAAGUACAUCCAUGGAAAAGGUAACAGACUCGUGGUUUCGUCGUCGUCGUCUUAUUUUCCAAAUUCGACGGUUUCAACUAGCAGGCCGGCGGCACGUGGCGAACGGGAAGGAGUGUCGAAUAAGUCCUUUGGCCUGCCGCCGGGGGAAUAUCAGCCAUUUAGAUGGUCGGAAGAAAUGCUGAGUUGGCAGAGAAGUUCUUUCCAUUUUCAACCCAAUAAAAACUGGAUGAACGGUAUGUAUGUACUAUACACAUGCGCAUGGUAAUAAUAAUAAAAUUAUAGAAAUUUUUAUAGAACUAAAAACGUUUUGAAAUUUUAAAAUUGAAUUUUCAUAACUUUAUUAGUAGAAGUAAUAUAAUUUUUGCCAAGUUUACAAAACUUGAUUAUUGUGACAAAAUUAUGUAUGUAUGUACAUUAAACUUGAGUAGAAAUUACUUUUAUUACUUAUUUUUUUAGACAUGCAUGCGCAUUAUAUAAAUACUCGGUACGUAAUUUACAUUGUGGUUUGGAUGAUUUGGUAUGCAUGACGGCUUUGAUGACAUGGACCGGAACGUGGCUCGAUCUUCAAUGGUCAGACCCUAACGGACCAUUAUUUUACAAGGGAUGGUAUCAUCUGUUCUAUCAGUACAACCCAGAGUCAGCCGUGUGGGGCAACAUUGUGUGGGGGCAUGCCGUCUCCAAGGACCUCAUCCACUGGGACCACCUCCCCAUCGCCAUGGUGCCCGACCACUGGUACGACGCCAACGGGGUGUGGACCGGGUCCGCCACCCUGCUGCCCUCCGGCCAGGUGGUCAUGCUCUACACGGGGGCCACCCAGGAUCUGGUGCAGGUGCAGAACCUCGCCUUCCCCGCCGACCCCUCGGACCCGCUGCUGGUGAAGUGGGCCAAGUACGAGGGCAACCCUGUGUUGGUGCCCCCUCCGGGCAUUGGGGACCGGGACUUCCGAGACCCGACCACGGCGUGGUACGAGGAGGGGCGGUGGCACAUCAUGAUCGGGUCGAAGGUGAACACCACGGGGGUGGCGAUGUUGUUCGACACGGAGGACUUCGUGCACUUCCGGCUGGUGAAGCGCGAGGCGCACGGGGUGGGCGGGACGGGGAUGUGGGAGUGUGUGGACUUCUACCCAGUGUGCACCUCCCGCGGGGUGGACAGCAGCGGCGGCGGCUGCGGCGAUGGGGGCGUGAUGAAGCACGUGCUGAAGACGAGCUUGGACGAUGAGCGCAAGGACUACUACGCGAUAGGGCGGUACGAGGCCCGUGUGUGGACCCCGGACCACCCGUCUCUGGACGCGGGCAUCGGCCUGCGCUACGAUUACGGCACUUAUUACGCCUCCAAAUCCUUCUAUGACCCCCAGAAGAGCAGACGGGUGAACUGGGGUUGGGUAUCUGAAAUCGACACUGAAUCUGCCGACUUACACAAGGGCUGGGCCUCUCUCCAGGCCAUUCCCAGAACAAUAUUGCUCGACAAUCAAACGGGUACGCACCUGCUACAGUGGCCGGUGGAGGAGGUUGAGAUGCUCAGAAGUGAUAGAUUUCAUAAGGUGGUGGAGCUUAAACCAGGCUCCCUUGUUCAACUGGACGUGGGAGAUGCCAAUCAGUUGGAUAUUGAGGGUGUAUUUGAAGUAGAAGAUGAGGCAUUAGGAAAGGCAGGUGGAGGAAGCGACGUUCCGUACAGUUGUGGUGGUGGCGCAGCCCAACGCGGCGCCUUAGGGCCGUUUGGCUUGCUUGUUUUAGCUAACCUGGAAUUCUCCGAGCAAACUCCUAUCUACUUCUACAUUGCAAAGGAUGCAAAAGGAAAGUUCAAAACAUUCUUUUGUGCUGAUCAUUUAAGGUCAUCCCAAGCCACAGACGUAAGAAAGGAAACAUAUGGUACCAUGGUUCCAGUACUGGAUAGUGAAAGACUGCUCAUGAGAAUAUUGGUGGAUCAUUCAAUAGUAGAAAGUUUUGGUCAAGGAGGAAGAGCGUGCAUCACAUCAAGAGUGUAUCCAACAAAGGCAAUUGGUGCUGGGGCUAAACUAUAUUUGUUCAACAACGCCACUGACGCCGUCGUUACUGCAUCACUCCAGGUCUGGCAAAUGGCACAAAAGGGUGCCGCCGCCGCAUCUGCUGCUCACCACCCCAUAUGGACCUCCCUCUUUCUAUUUCUCUUCCUUUUAUUCUAACUCGCGCGCUCUUCAGAAAAUAAAAAAUUACAUGGCUGCGGUUUGUGCAUGAGAUCGAGGAAAGUGAUGAAGAAAGUUUCUAAGAAAUUGUGAAUGGCGGAGAGAUUAUUAUGUACUAUAGUUGAAAAAUUGUGAUGGUAGAUGAGUUGUAGUGCACAAGCAAUUCCUUUGAAAAGGGGCAUGAUUUGAUGCAAAAACUCGCCUAAAUGCCUAUGUACAUAGACAAUAAGGUACAAUUUGUGUACACAUUUUGUGGAGCCCAAUAAUGACCCUACCUAGUUAGCUACUAACUGGAGCAAGAAUAGGCCGCAGUUAGUUUCCGUCUUACGUUUCUGUUUUUGUAUUAAGUUAGUUUAUCAAGUACGUACUCCGUAAUAAAAUCGAUGCAAGGGAAUAAAGGAUAUUUUCUAAAAACAUUCCAUCCUGAGGAUCCUGACACCUCUCGAAUAGUUAGAGCAACUCCAAUGCUCUAAGAGGAUUGCAA